AUCUUCGCGCAGGCGCACUGCCUUCCCGACACGAGGCGGUGAGUGUUCGCAGGUUCCCAGUACUCUUGCCAAAGGUGAGGGUUGCGGGUCUAGGUGUUCAAGAAGCCGAGUGGACGCGGUGGCGGAGGAGACACGGGGACACUGGGCACUUGGGGGAGGGUUAGUGGGCGUGGCCUGUGUGGACAGAGAGUCUUCCCUUCUGGUGUGUGUCGGUUCCGUGGGGACAGUGUCCUCGUAGGGUAUGUCCACUGUGUGUCAGAAUCCUGUACUUUCAAGUUGGAGAUCCCGGUCUUCCUUUCGUUCCUUCUUUCCAUGAUGGGUGCUACGUGGAUGUGGAUGGUACCGACGCUAAAUCUGGGAGCAUCCACUCCAUUCUCUCCCAAGUCCCCUAGAAAACGUCUCCCUUUGCUUCAGCUUCUCGCCCUGAGCCUGCACCGGAAUGUCCUGGUGUGAGCAUAGGGUGUUCCUGGACGAUACCGGAUUUGAGGUGAAGAAAACCCCAAAGGAAAUCGCAAAUGGCUUUAGGCAAUUUUAAGAUGAUAUUGACUGGAGUGCACUGUUAAGGAAUAGUGGGAAAUAAGGGUGAAGGGACUAUACUGCGGCCAGACAAGACCCACAGUAUCAGAGUAAGACCCACCAAGCACGAUAUUUUGUGCGUCUCAAAUGAGGUCAACAUAAACAAAAUUUUGAGAAACAAUUCUAGAGGUUGACAUUCUGACCACCGUUAAAUCGAACUAGCACAACUUCGUUCCAACCACCAGUAAGUGUCAGAUGUCUAGAAGUCCGUGGGAUGGCCAGUUGUCUGUUACUCCAUUGAAGUUGUUGGCAAUUUACUAGUGAUCUUUUCCCUAGUGUUCUUUUUACAUUUGAGAUACGAUCUUAUUUUGUAGCUUAACCUGGCGUUGUGUUAAGCCUUAGCCUUCCAAGUGCUAGCAUUACGGGUGUAUAUCACCAUAGUUCUGUUUUCCGUGAAAUUUCAGUCACGCGAAUCAAGCUUCCCGGGAUGCUGGGAUGUGUUGCAGGUAAAGAUCUGCUUAACUUUAUGGCUAUCUUUCAAUGAAAGUAAAUUAUAACAGAAUUAAAAGCUUCCAGGCAGACUUUUCCCAGUUCCACCUCAGCCUUUUACAAAGCCUGACUCUCUUAAUUGCUGUGAAAUAGUGCCUCUCUUAUUGAUGUAUGACGAUGGAACUAAAUUAUCUUUAUAGAAAGCACUCAGCAUAGUGCCUCAUGAGAGCAAGCACUCAACGCUAGUUAUGGUGGAGUUCCGUAGUGCUCCAAGUGUGUCUAGCCGCUGGACAAUAGAUUAUUUAAUCAAGUUGUCUGUCAUAGAUGCUUAGGAGAGUCCAGAUUUUGGUUGCAUUACCUAAAGAUUAAAUAGGAUAUGUGUAAUGUGCUUAGGAAGCUGGCUGGCAGAUAACUUUCAAUAAAGAUAACGUGUUAGUGAUGGUUAAUUAAAGCCGUUGUAACUAUUCUCUUAUACUUCUUAAAUAAAUUCUCGAAGAGAAUUGGCCAACCUAAGAAUGUCUGUGUUUGAAGGCUCUUGCUACUUGUCCCAGUGAUCUUCCUAAAGAACUUAACUAAUGAGGACACAGCUAUGCUGAAAUCACCCCUUGCCCAAAGCACCUUUUGAUGUACUCUGACCUCUGCUGGUUUCUCCGGUUUCAUGUUCUCUACGGUGUUGCUCACAAGUGACUUUCUCCUAUCUAAUUUCAGUAGUAGUUCUUGAUGUGAUAACGAUCUGCCUCUAUCUAUUCAAGACUCCAGGUCCUCCCAGCCUGUGAAGUUUCGAGCACACACACACACACACACACACACACACACACACACAUCAAAACUGUAGGUCCCAGAUGUGCAGAGAAAGCUGCUGCAUUUCUCCCUUGACCUCUUCCGGCCUGGGCUAAGGCAGUGCUGAGAUUGCAAGCACACACCGCCACACCCCAUCAGUCUUUAGUUAGACUCUUCAUUGUGAGAGAGUGAGAUCCAGUUAGCUAACUUAAGCAAAGGGAGGUUGAAGAGGGUAAGAGUCUUCUGGAAAUCCAAGAAUAAGUAAAGCUGCAACCGGAGCUCACUUCUCUCCUCGGGAAGCACCGGUGAGCUCCAGCACUUCAGCACUAAUGGAGCCGCCACCACAUCCAUUGGUUCUGUCUUCCAGGACUCUGCUCCUCUGGGCCCUGUGACUACACAGAACCUUCUCCUAGCUUUUUGACUCAUCUCCUGCAUAUUGUCCCAACGUUUUAAAAUUCAUGUUCACAAAGAAGGAUGUCAUCUUUUCAUACCAGAUCAUAUCUGUCGUAGUUUUUGUUGACUAAAUACAAACUUAGGCACACUUGGGAAGAGAGAAUCUCCACUGAGUUGCCUCCGUCGGCCUGUUAGCAUAUUUGUGUGGGACAUCUUCUGAAUUGCCAGUCGAUAUAGGAAGACCUAGCCCACUGCGGAUAGUGUCACCCCGGGAAGGUAGGCCUGGGCUGUGUAAGUAGCUGAGCAAGCCAGUAAACAGUGUCCCUACACAGUCUCUGUUUCAGUUUCUGCCCCAGGUUCCAGCCAAGGCUUCUCUUGGUAAUGUGCUGUAAUCUGCGACCCAUAUGAACCUGUUCUUCCCUGAGUUGCUUUCAUCCAGUGUUUCCUUAGAGCAAGAGAAAGCCGACCGGGAUGUGCCUAGUUACACACUCAAUGCUCAGCUGUGAUAUGAUCAGUCUGGUUCUGGAAGUGAGGUGAACAGUCUUACAGUGUCGGAUGGAUGCUUCAUUAGCUGGAGCUGUAAAUGGGAUGCUGCUCUGAAGAGGAUACAGAACUUGUUUGUCUUAUCCAUCCAGUCGUUUCUAAAGUUCCUUGCGGUGUUUGCUCAGUAAGCAUUCAGGGUGAUAUUAAAUGUGAAUAUAUAAAUAUCACAUGACUCUCGCUAUAUUCUGAUUCCUGGGUUCUGAUUCCUGGGAACAGAAAUCAAUGCGCUGUGGCUUUAAUAUCCAUAGCCUUUGUUCUAACUCUGGACUGAGCAUGGAGUGCUCUUGGCCUUGCUUGGUUUACUCUUUGUGAGGUGAUGGGGAUGAAGGUGGCUACAUUGCACUCACUGGUGUAUGGAGGGGCCUUGCCACGUGGGUCAGGACCCCAGAAAUGCUCAUUCUCAUAUCUUUUCUCCCCCACACUUUUUCCUCACUAGGACUCUUAUCCUUCCCUACCAGAGCAGCAUAGGAGAGAAUGGCUGCCGUGUCUCCGCCUACCAGAUGUCAGGCAUUGGUGACAUUUGAAGAUGUGGCGGUGACUUUCACAGAUGACGAGUGGAAGCGUCUGGUACCCGUGCAGAGGGCUCUCUACAAGGCCGUGAUGCUAGAGAACUAUGAGAGCAUCAUCUCUCUGGGUGAGCAUCAUCUCACUGGGUCUUCCUGUUCCUCGACCUGAUGUGAUUCUUCAGUUCAAGAGAAGGGGCGAGCCCUGGAUUCGGGGUUUUCAUGGAUCUGAGGAGAAAACAUGGCCAGAGAGUGUCUCUCUAGACUUGGAAACUAAGCCUGAGACCCUAGAUGCUUCAAGAGGCACACUGAGAGAAAUCCAUAGAAAGCAAAGUUCUCUAUGCCCUAAACGAGAAAUCCAAACACUAACAGGUGGGCCGGAACCAGAGAAGGAAAGUCCCAAAGCAAGGACUUGCAAAAAGCCCCUUUCCUUGGAUAAAGGCUUGCAUCAAAUGUCAGCUCCAUCCAAGAAAGCCCUCACUAAACACCAAGACCAGGAAUGUAGUGAGUGUGGGAAGACCUUCUUUGACCAUUCGUCCCUCAUCCGACACCAGAGGACUCACACUGGAGAGAAGCCAUAUGACUGUCCCGAGUGUGGGAAGGCCUUCAGCCACAGGAGCAGUCUCAGUAGACAUCUGAUGUUCCACACCGGAGAGAGUCCGUACGAGUGUGAUGCAUGUGGCAAGGCCUUCUUUGACCGUUCAUCCCUAACUGUGCAUCAGCGGAUUCACACAGGGGAGAAGCCGUUUAAAUGCAAUGACUGUGGCAAAGCCUUCUUCGACCGCUCAUCCCUCACUCGCCACCAGAGAAUCCAUACCGGAGAGAGUCCCUACGAAUGCCAGCAGUGUGGGAAAGCCUUCAGCCAGAAAAGCAUUCUCACUCGGCACCUGCUGACCCACACUGGCAGGAAGCCUUACGAAUGCAGGGACUGUGGGAAAGCAUUCUAUGGCGUCACCUCCCUAAACAGACACCAAAAAGUGCACACUGAGGAGCCCCGCUAUCAGUGCAGCGAGUGUGGCAAAGCUUUCUUUGACCGCUCUUCUCUUACGCAGCACCAGAAGAUACACACUGGAGACAAGCCAUAUGAGUGCGGCGAGUGUGGAAAGGCCUUCAGCCAGAGGUGCCGGCUCACGAGACAUCAGAGAGUUCAUACGGGGGAGAAACCCUUUGAGUGCAGUGUGUGCGGCAAAGAGUUCAGCUCUAAGUCCUCCAUUAUUCAGCAUCAGAGACGUUACGCCAAACAAGGGAUAGACAGAGGGGGAAGCAUGAGCUAGACAGCGGGCCUUCCUGCGAGCCUGGAAGGGUUCCCUGUCGUCUACAAGGCCAGCAUUUGUUCUUUCUGCCAACUCUGGCCGCUGUCUUCAGCCCAACCUCUGCUCCAGGGUCCGAGUAAACGGUGCACCUCCUUCCUGUGCUACAGAACUAACGUGGAGUGCAGAAACUAAACCAUGAAUCUCCACAUUCAAAAUUCUGCACAGAGGCUGCGCAUAGCUCAGUGAUAGACUCCCGCCUAGCAUGCAUGAGGAGCUGCAGUUUGAUCCCAAGCACUGCGAAAGGAAGCUGGAGAGAUCAUAGGACAGAUGUUAGGAGAGGAAUCUGCAGACACAGUGAGAAUAGGCCUGUUAUCACUGCACUUUAAAUAUCUGCAGGCUAUUACAGUUGGAGAAUGUCACAAUUAUGAGAGAGUACCAUUUUCUCUAGAAGUUUCUAUAGCUCUUCUGGAGCUUUUUGGCACCUAGACCUUAUUCUCUUGUGCCUCAGUAAAGCUCUCCUAGACUAGUAGUAGUGGUAGCACUUACUAAGCACUGAUCUUAGGGUAAAGUCUCAGCAGUGAAUUGUAAAAGGGCUAGGUUGACUGAUCCUCUCACUAAAUCUCUGAAACGGGUCCUUUUACUGUCUGAAUUUCACAGAGGAGCACCCUGAAGUUUAGAGAAAUUAAGUACUAUAGUCUAGGAGAUGCAAGGUGAAGCCAGGUGUCUUGGUUAUUUCUCUAUUGCUGUGCAGAGACAUGAUGGCCAAGGCAACUUAGAAAGCAUUUGCAGGCCUUGCUUACAGUUCCAGGGGGUGAGUCUCUGAACAUCAUCAUAGGAGCAUGGUGACAGGCAGACCCAGUGCUGGAGCAGAACUUAAAUCUGAUCCACAAGCAGUAGGCCAAGAGAUAGGGAGAGACAGACAGACUGGUCUUGGCACACUGGUCUAGGCAAGGGCUUCUGAAACUUCAAAGCCCACCCCCAGUGACACACCUCUUCCAACAAAGCCACACCUCCUGAUCCUUUCUAAACAUUCCAUCAAUCAGGAACCAAACAUUCAAAUAAGUAUAUGAGCCUAAGGGGGCAAUUCUCAUUCAAACCACCACAUUCUGCUCACGGACAUGAUCAACAACCAAUCCUCACACUGAAAUAGGCCUUGUUGAAGUUCACAGAUCAGCUUACUGAAGGUUAGAGAGAUUAAGUAAAAUACCCUACAUGACACAAGGAGAAAUGAGGUCUUCAGUAUGAAUCUGCCUUCAGUAUUUCUACUAUAGAUUACACUCUAAAAUUUUGUCUUAUAAUUGGCAUACCUGAACUAUCUUCUUAGCUAGAUUGUAAGCAUUUGGAGGUGUGAUUUAAUAGGUCUCUGUGUCUUACAGCGUGCCUUGCAAAUAUUAGGUGAUCAAUAAAUGUUUAUCUAAAUGAAUACUGAAGUGUCUCUAUUCAAAACCUGCUUGGGUCCACCUUCUUUCUCUCAGAAUUUUCACAGUCCUGCCUCUUAAUAUAGUAGUCAUCUCUCCCAAGUUCUAUUUCUUCCUUCUUCAUUGCUCAUGGUACAAUAAUCAAGACCUGUCACUCUCAUCUGGUGUGUAUGAGUGUCCAUUCAAUCUGUACUGUUUGGGCCCAGCACAUCACCAUGAAUAAGGAAGGGAACGCUAAAGAUAAUUUUAUUGCCUAGGUGCCAUUCUGAUCACUUCUACUUGAGCCAGUAUCCACACCUGAAGGCUACGGAUACAGGCACCUUGAUAUUUGGAUGACACUAGAAGCCACUGUCAAAGUUACAUUUUGCACACGACUUAGCUGAGUCCUUCCACAUGAUCCCUUUCUACCCAUUAUUCCAGACCUAAAAGAAGCUCUCUAUUAAAUGAAAUAUCUCUAGAUAUUUAAAAUCUUCAUCAAUGCAGUUCCCCAUCACCAAGCUUUAGAUCCUGAGUACCCAAAUGCAUCUGUUUCCUUGGAGAAUCCCUGUAUUUUAUUGUAUUAAAGGUCAGGUAUGAGACAACCUUGACUUUGGGAGUCUUCCCUUUUUGCAAGGUAAGGCCUGGAAAUGGGCUUGUGUAUUCCAGUAGAUCCAGGUGGAUUUCCAUUGAAACUGAGAGGAGGUUAAGUUGCCGAACAGUCCUCUCCCAUGCUACUAAACAAAUUCAUUUUGGCUUCUUGAAGCAGAAGAGUGUCAGGGAAUACAUUUGUGUGUGUGUGUGUGUGUGUGUGUGUGUGUGUAUUUUAUAUAAUAAGCAGCUUGAAGAAAAAUAUCACAGGAUCUGUGUGUAGAUAAUACCUAAUGUUUUGUAAUGUCGAGUAAAAAAAUAAAGGAGACUAUUGGCACGUGUCUGUUGACUGUC